GGGGGCGGGGGGUGGGGGGGAGGUCAGGCCCACAGAUGAUAAGACCUCACCUCAAAUGGCCGGUGGUACCACAAGCGUUCCAUCAGCAAGCGGGCCAGUUGCUCCUGGUCAACCCUCCGUCUCACACGCGUCAAGCACCGUCUCCUCUUCUCUACGGUCGUGAGGUCAUGAGAGCCACCAUGAAGACCUUGUUCAUCACCCUCACCUGUGUCCUCAGCGUCUCUCUCGCCCUGCAGGUACAGCCUCUGUUGAGCGCCGGACUGGCGGACCGGCCAGGCGUCUAUAGUCUUCUUAGUCGAGGGCUUAACGCAGAGGGAGACUCCACUGUUACCGCAGAGGGAGACUCCACUGUUACCGACACCACCAGUUCUACCGUAACUGGCAGUAGUACCACACCUGAGGGAGAUCCUACCACGGGAAGCACCAUAGACUUCGGGUCAACAGACUUUUCCACCGAGGAGCCCGUCUCCACCACCACCACCACCACUACCACUACAGCGAGCCCGAAACAGCUGUCCGGGGGUGCCAUUGCUGGCAUUGUCAUAGGCUCCAUCGCUGGCGUGGCACUCAUCGCGGGCGGGAUCUACUUCAUGAAAGUCAAGAAAAUGCUGUGCUUCGCUUAGAGCUGCCCUGACACAGGCGCCCGAAAACUGCAACACCGCACAGGUCUAGAUGUUGGGACCCGUACACUGAACGGGACUGAAAUAGGAUACGAGUGGGCCAGAAUCAUUGCCGGAACGAGCUCGAAAUUGUCGUAAAUCGUGAAAGAGGUAUUGUUAAAAUUUGGCCUGGCAAAAAAUAGGACUAAAACAUAAAAUUGGACAGGAACAGAGCCAAAAACGGGUAAAAGGAGGAAUAUGAAUCAUUGCUAUUAACUCAAGAGGUUGAAAAUACACUAAGUACAAAGGUUGCAACAGUGACAAACAGGCGACUAUAAACAGAAAAAAGCUGUAUUAAACAGCAUUGUUACAAAACCUGGGCCCGUUGCUAAUGCAGCAGCGGUUGAAACCUGCUGAUGAUCAAAAUGGAGACUAGUCCAUGAACAGACGAGAGAAAAUGCUGUUCCAUUUUGUUCCACUUUUGCCAUUUUGAACUUCGAUGAACUCCAAACGAAAGUAUAUUUUUAUCUUAUUUGAAAUCUGAAGGAAAGCGUGUGUAAAGCGCUCCGUCGCCUCCAAGACCAGCAAGGGCCGCGACCUCCGCUCACUAGGCUAUGAUGACGCGUCGGCUGUGUUAGUUUUAACGGAAAAUGGUUCUCUCCUAAUUUAUACAUAUAUAUACAUACAUACAUGUUUUAUGCAUCGUCUGCGAGUGUUAAAUAAACUGUCUUUAUCUACCCAAUCAAUUCCUCUGAGACUCUUGUAUGUGGUGAUCGCGUGUGUGUUUAAAUACUGUAUAAUUAUUUAUAAUUAUACAGUAUAAAAUACUGUACAGUAAAAUACUCCGUAAUUAUUUAUAAUUAUUACCAAUAAUUAAGGCAGUUUGAAAAAAAAUACGUAAUCAUGUGCCCACUUUUAUUUAUAUGAUUAUAUAAUAAAAAAUAAAAAUAA